AUGUACAAUGUGUUACAAAAGUAUCCAGUGUAAACAUACUACAACUGAUAGCAAAGAUAACACUAAGAAAUUCCAGUGUGAUGUAUGUGGCAACUGGUUUAAACAUACAUACACACUGAGAAAACACAAGUGUAAUCACGAAGGAGAAUAUUCCUGUAGUGUAUGCAACAAACGGUACGGUCUACCAAGCUAUUUAAAAAGACAUAUGCGUAACCAUACUGACGAGAAAACGUUUUAUAAAUGUCGAUACUGUGAUAAGUCGUUGUGCAGUACAUCCAGUCUGGCUGCGCAUGAGAGACUGCAUACGUUGGACAAACCAUUUGAAUGCGACGUAUGUCAUAAGCGGUUUACUCAGUCUAGUAACCUUACAACUCAUAAAAAAGUUCAUUCAGAGUAUAGACCAUAUGUUUGUGAACUUUGUUCUAAGCCUUUUAGGCACAAACAGUCAUUAUUGGUACAUUUGCGUUCCCAUACACACGAGCGACCGUACACAUGUGCCACAUGUGGACAAACUUUUACUCAAAACACACACAUGCGUACUCAUGAGCGACUUCACUCUGGUGUAAAGCCUUACAAAUGUGAAAUGUGUGAUAAAACAUUCUCACGGAAGCAUCACUUAGGGUAUCAUCUAGAAACUCAUUCUGGAAAGACAUAUAAAUGUUCUAUCUGUGAGAAAUCUUUUACGGCGGAGAGAGCUGUUAUACAACAUGAGCGCAUACACACUGGUGACACGCCAUAUAAAUGUGACGUCUGUGGGAAGGAGUUCAAAUAUCAUGGCUACCUUAGCGUUCAUAAGAGAAUACAUACGGGAGAUAUGCCAUUCAGAUGUAAACUCUGUCCAAAGGAAUUUAUAGUAGCUAGUUCCUUGCAACAACACUUAAAACACAACCAUAGAAACAAGAAAAAACGUACUGUUUCAAUAAAUGCGCUUCUAUCUGAUGAUCAAAAUGAUUCAUCUACUAAAUCAAAUACGGAAAGUUGCACCAACAUUUCAGAAGUACAGAACACUAUCGAUAAUGUACAAAUCGAUUCAGUCAAGCCAACCUGUGAUUCUUCAAAAAAGAAACCAGUAACUUCCUCUAUUGUCAGACCGAAUGGGACGAAAAGAAAAGCGAAUAAAAACCAAGAUGCUAGUUACAUGAACCUGUCAAAAAAGCGGCGCAAUAAAAGAACUUAGUCAACUUAAUUGGA